UCGGAAAUGAUCACAGAGGGCGGGACAUAUUUGAAAUUUGUGGCUGUUAUUGAAAGCCUUUUUCUGAGUCUCCUAACGGGUGCCUUUAUUAUUAUCACUGGAAUUAACGUCACUGUGAGGAAAACUCAAUGUCUUCAAAAAUUCCAAGAGGUACAAAUUUACCAACAGAGGCAAAAACUGUUCAGAAAACAGACACAAAUCUUAAAAAUUCAAGGGAAAAUGUCCUAAGGAAAAAUGUUCACAAAGGUGUUUCAACCAGAUAUGGGCAACAGGUGGAGCUGAAGGAGCAAAAUCAGAACCUGGUGGCUGCAAAUGGGGAGCUACAGAAAAAUCUGUCAGAGAAGCAGCAAAGAGUUGAAGAGUUGGAGCUGCAACUCGAUGAGCUUCAGAAGGAGAAUGUAGAGUUUCAGAAAAACCUGCAGGACUGUCACACGCUCCUAGUUUCUGCCAAGAUAGACCCAGUUUUAGGGGAAAGGGUUGGAGAUGCAGUGAGACAGAAAGAAGACGAAAGGAAAGAAGUUAUGAGUGUUUCCACCGAUCUGCUGAGGGAAUUAAAGGCUUUUGGAGACAUUGCAUUACAACAGCGUACUCAGCUACAGGAAAUCCAAGCAACAAUGGAGGACAUCACUAAAGCGCGAGAAGUUAUGAAGCAAGAAAGAGAAAAUUUCUCUCAGGAGGCUGCUGAAAUGGAGGGAGCUCUAAAAGAGGCAGAAGCACUCUUAGUGUAACAAAGAAAUAUAUAUCUGUGAGAUUUUAUGUUGAAAUAAAGGAUUAAUGUUUUUCUACAGUAA